AUGCGUCUCCCAACUUCGAAAUUUCAAAAAUAUAUGCAAAGGUUUUUCUAUCGGCUUGGAUUAUCAAUUGGAAAUCAUCCGAAGCUAUAUAUUGUCUCAUUACUUGUUUUCACAAUUUUCGCUUGUUCAGGAUUCUUGCGAUUUCAUCAGGUGACUUUGAUAACUUUGUUAAAAAAACAACAUGUAGAUAAGACAUUUUUCUGAUAAUUUUUUGAAUAUCAGCAAAUUACAGAGAAAUUUGUUGAUUAAACAGACAACUAUGUAGUUUAUGAUGAAAAAACAAAAAAUAAAAUCAAAAUUUAAUUUCUUAAUUUUUAGAUCAACAAUGCUCGUGUAACAUUCACCGCUCACGAUUCUCCAAGUCAUUUGGAGUCUGCGAUGUUUUCAAAAUUUCUGAAACAAAAUGGAUCACUUCAUAUGAUUGAAGUUAUUGUCUCAGCAAAUGAUAAUGGAAAUCUUUUACGUGGAGCAUGGAGAAAUCAACUCAAAAAUUUGACAAAUGAAAUUAUAAAUGAUGUCAAAACAAAUGAAUCUGAACUAUAUUUCGGCGAUUUAUGUGAACCAUAUUGUGAGAAAAACGAUGCUUUAUACGCAGUUUUGGAUAUUUUUGAUGAUCGGAAUACUAGUGAACCAGAUAGUUUUGAAUUAAAAUACCCGAGUUCAAUUCUUCUUGGACAUCAAGUAUUUCUUGGAAAUAGUUUGUAUGGUGUGACAAUUGAAGCAAGCACCGGAAAAAUUAUAAGCUUCAAUACAGUACUCUUGAGAUAUUAUUUGACUCAUAGAGAAUUGGCACCAAUGGUAGAUUUUGAAAAUCAGGUAAAACUCUCGAGGUUAUUUUUAUGUAAUUUUUAAAAAAUUCAGCUAAUGGAUCUUAUUUAUAAUACUUCAAAAUAUCCGCUUCUCAAUGCUCAGCUGGGAUCAGAUGUCCAAGUUGCAAAAGAAGUCAAAAAACUUGGGACAUCAUCAGCUCCAUAUCUCGGAUUAUCUUUAAUUUUCUUGAUAUUUUUCCUAUCAAUUUGCUCUUUGCGAUAUUAUUGGAGUGAAUCAAAACCAAUUGAAGCUUGUCUUGGAGCUUUUAUUCCAGUUCUUUCUGGUUUAACCACAAUUGGAUUGGUAUCAGCAACUGGUCUCGCAUUUCAAAGUAUUGUUGUUUCAACACUUUUUCUUGUUUUGGCAAUUGGAAUUGAUGAUGUUUUUAUUAUAUUGGCUGCGUGGCAUCGAACUGAUAGAUCAUUGACUAUUCCUGUCAGAAUCGCUCGAACUGUUGAAGAAGCUGGAUGUUCAAUGACAGUAACAACAGUAACAAAUUUAAUAUCGUUUGGAAAUGGAGUUUUUUCGACAACACCAAUUUUGCAGGUGAGUAAUAUCUAUAUUUUCAAAAGUUAAACAAAAAUCCGAGAUCUUGAAAAUAAUUGUAUUCCAGACAUUUGCAAUUUAUUCAUCGGCUGCUUCUGUUAUUUGUUUUAUCUAUCAACUUAUUAUUUUUCCCGCAAUAAUUGCAAUAACUGCACCAAAAGAAUAUAAUAAUUCGAAAAAUGAACGAACAAUUAAAAUAAUCAAAAAAGGAUCUGAAUUUGGAGAUAAAGUAUGGAUUUGGUUAGCAGAAAAGAUCGAAAAAUCAUGGAUGAAAUUAUUUGUGAUUUUGAUUUUGUGCAUUUAUUGGUUUAUUGCAGCUGAAGGAAUUAUUAGUAUGAAAACAGAUUUAUCGAUUCAAAAAAUGGGUGACAAAAACUCUUUAAUUGUGAAAUUCAAAGAUACACUUGAUGCAAUUUCAAGAGAAAUGCAAUCAGUUGCAAUUCUUGUUAAUUCACCAGGAGAUCUUAGAAAUGCAUCAAAUAUGGAGCAAAUUCAAAAAAUGGUUGAGGAAUUCGAAAGAGCUACUUAUAGUUAUGGAAGUGAUUCAACAGUUUGCUGGAUUUCUCAAUAUUUGAAAUUUUUGGAAUUUUAUGAAGAAGAAAGUUCCGAAUUCAGUUAUCAAUCUUUUGGAGCUUUUCUGAAAGUUGAACCACAAUUCAAACCAAUGAUUCGAUAUAACUUGGAAAAAUGUGAGAAAAAUGAUCCAAAAUGUAUUGAAUCUUUUAUAUUUACAACUGGUUUUACAUCAGUGGCAAAGUGAGUCAUAUUUUGUUUUUCUUGUUUUCUCAAAAAAAAAACCUGAAACAUUUUUUCAGAUAUCACGAAAUGUUCCCCUUACUUCAAGAAUGGCGUCGAAUUGCUUCAAAUUAUCCACAAUUCCAAAUUUAUCCAUACACUGAACGCAGUAAUUUUGCUGAUCAAACAAAUGAUAUGGUAUCAAAUAUUUGGCAAACUGUUUUAUCUGAAGUUGUUUGUAUGGCAAUUUCAUUCAUCUUAUUCGUACCAGAUAUUAGUUCAAUCUUCUCUGCGGUUUUCAGUUUAUUAUCCGUAAAUCUCGGUGUAUUCGGAUUUUUAUCAAUUUGGGGAGUUGGAAUGGAUCCAAUAUCUUUGGCAGCAUUGCUCAUGUCAAUUGGAUUUUCUGUUGAUAUAACUGCACAUAUAAGUUAUCAUUAUUAUCAAGUCGAAGAAAAAAGUUCUCGAAAGAAACUCGAACAUGUUUAUCAAAAUAUUGGAUGGCCAACAAUGCAAGGUGGAAUUUCAACAAUGUUAGCUAUGUUACCAAUAAUCAUAAGUCCAAGUUAUCUUGGAAUGGUAUUUUUGAAGACUGUUGUUUUGGUAUCAACUUUCGGACUAAUUCAUGGAUUAAUUGUACUUCCCGUUUUCUUGUCAAUAAUGACUAGAAAAUCAGAGAAUACCAAGAUGUAAUUUUAUUUGUUUUACUGGAUUUUUUACGGGUUUAUAACGCUUGCUCAUAAUAAUAUAUCUACCUUUUUAAUAAAAUCCCGAUUGGGUGGUGUCUCGAUGAAAUCUGGAUUUUCAAUGGGCCCCUGUUCUCAUUUUUUGUAUGUCGAAAUUUUGGACAUUUUUGAUUUUUGCCCCUUUUUUCUGAAAAUCAUACCUUCAAGAACGUUCAAAAGGAUUCGAUCCUGGACGUUGUGAACAAAAAACACGUGAUCUUACCACUUGACCAUUUCUGACACAAGAAACUUUACCCAAUAUUUUUCAAUGAAGCUCAAAUCUCACCUGUUAGUUUUGUUCUACCCCCCUCCCCCAAACCUCAAAAUAAACUAACUUGACUGGCCUGUUCCGUGAAAAGGUGUAAAUUUCUUUGAAUGUCCUGCCCAAACGAAAUAUCUUCUUGAUCGGAAGCCUGAAAUUUCUACAUUCUUUUUCUCAAAAUCUUCGCCUUUUGUUAAACUUACAUCAGAUAAUGGCAAUUGUGGAUUUGAUGGGAUCCCUGCAUUCUGUGACGGUUGUCUCUGAAAAAUAAGACAAUUAAAAAAUGUACCAAAUCAGCCCAUUAAUAAUACUUUCUGCGCAGAAAAAAACCAAAAAAAAAAUGAUUCAAUUCGAAAAAAACGUUCAAUAAAUAGUUUCUUUUCAAAUAAAAAGCAUAUAUAUAUAUAUAUAUAUAAUAUAUAAAUCUCUAACCAUCUCUCUAUUUCCCACACUCUCUCAUCUACCCUGCAAAAAAAAACAAAAUAAACACGCUAAACAACGCGCACGCUGAGUAUCGUUGUUUUUCUUUUAUUUUUUUCACGACAUUUUUAUUUUUUGAUUUUUUUUCUCGUUUUUGAGUGGUUUUUUUCAGCGCGGAAAGUGUUAUUAAUUGGGUGAUUUGGUACAUUUUUUUAAUUUUCUUAUUUUUUUCAGAGACAACAGUCACAGAAUGCAGUGGUUUCAUCAAAUCCACAAUUGUCAUUUUCUGAUGUAAGUUUAAGAAUAGGAAAAAAAUUUUGAGAAAAAGAAUGUAGAAGUUUCAGGCUUUCGAAAAAGAUGUUUCGUUUGGACAGGACAUUCAAAGAUAUUGA